AUGGCCAACAAAACCCAUUUGGGUCAUCCCACCAAAAGAAGAAAAACAUCAUCAGAAUCAUCACCAGAUUGGUCUAGACUUCCGUCUGACUUGUGGGAAUCAAUUCUGAACCAAUUGACAGUCGUCGACUCGCUUCGCGCCGGAGCAGUCUUUCAUUCUUGGUGCUCUCUUGCAAAAGCCCUGAUAUCAUCACCAUCAAGUCCAUUGUUUGAUCAACCACCAUUGCUCCUACUUCCUACUCAAGAUGGUGAUCAAGGCAACAAAAAUAGCCGUUGCUUAUAUAAUUUUGCAGAGAAAAAGGUGUACAAGCAGCUGAAGAAUAUCCCAGAACACAUGGCCGCCAGUCACAUUGGAUCAUCUCGCGGGUGGCUGAUAUUUUUAGACCGCAAAAAAGCAGCCCCAUUUAUGUUUAGUCCAUUCUUGGAGGUUCAGAUUCAACUUCCUUGUGUCGCUUGCAGAACCUUCAUUUAUGGUUUGUUUGUCCAUCCAAUUGAGAAAGCUAUACUCACAUCACACCCAAUUCACAGUGAAAAAUAUUGGGUUGUGGUAAUAUGUGGUUCUUCUUCAAAGCUUGCAUAUUCUAAGUGUGGACACAGUGAAUGGACUGCCCUCAACGGUACACAUCAACCCUAUUGUGAUAUAAUUUCCUACAAAGAUCAUGUUUUUGCAUUAGCCGAGACAUUGUCAGUUGAAAUUUGGGAUUUCAACACUUGUUUGAAUAUCCCAACAAAAAAGAUGGACUUUAGGCCUUCUUUUCCUAGGAAAAAGUUUGAACUUGAUAAGUCUCUUCUUGGAAAUAGUCGACGGUGUUACAUGGUGGAGUCAAAGGGUGAUAUUCUGCUUAUUAUGAGGUAUAUUGGGAAGCGUUUGACAAAGGUUUUUCAUGUUUACAAGCUUGAUUUUGAUCAGAGAAGGUGGGUGAAGCUGGAAUCCUUGGGCGAUCGAUUGCUCUUUUUGGGUAGGAAUCAUUCUGUUUCACUAUCACAGGAGAGUUUUCCAUUUUGGAAAAGGAAUUCGAUUUACUUCACGGAUGAUUACAGGGAUCGAAAAUAUGAGCCUCACAUGUAUAGAGGUCAUGACACAGGCAGGUUUGAUUUGGAGGAUCGGAGUAUUGAAUUGAUUAAUAAAGAUUAUUUGCAGAAGAUUGACCCAGCACCCAUUUGGAUUGUUCCUAAUCCAUAG